AUGCCUACGCCUCGAAAUGUUGACGAACGCCUAUUCAAGAUCUUUGCACUCACUGUAACGACAACUCUGGAUGAAGUCUGGAGCACAUCACGGCCAUGCAACUUCUGCGACAAGAUGGACCAUGUUACAGUCGUCUGCCUGGAAAGGGACAACUUCGGUAUGCUGUUCGACUAUUGUCUUAUGGACGGAACGGAUGUCUGCCCGAUGGAACUCAGCAGUACCCAGAUCGAUACAGAAGACAGGGAACUCAUGGUGGAGGCCGCCAAUCAGCCGCAUGACCCUCCUCUGAAGUUCGGCGGAUGGGUGUUGAUGGGUGCUGUUCCCGAGUGCUACGAGGAUUGGAAGCGGUCGCGUCCUCUGCUAAAUUACCAGUGGCCUCCCUACGUUGCGGAGACACAGGGGCCACAGGGACGGGCCGCGUUAGUAGAUAUUCUCUUUUAUGUUGAGGACGCAUUACUCCCCGUUUCCAUCCCCCUCAUAGGGAUCAUAGAGCCCACCGGGUUUGCAAUCAAUAUACCAGGUCCGGAGGAACAACCCCUGCUUGUUCAGGCCAUACCGGGGCUCAAUCCCUUUAAAAACCCACGACCGCCCACGCCGAGCUAUGACCUGUACAACGCGGCAUCCCAGACGGACUACGAUGUUGUAAUGACAAAGUACGUGAGAAGCUACGCCACGGGACGCAAAACCAUGGAGCCUAUGUCCUCGCUGAAGUACAACUUCAUCGGGCUGGACUUUAUCUGGCCGGUGGGCCUCCCAAAUCACAGGCAGUACAAGGAGGAUACCUGCCAAAGCGCUCUACUCCCACUACGUCUAUCCACAGGAGUGCCGGCGCAGCCUGAAGAGGACGAGUUCGUGGUGCGAACGCCCGGGGUAGCGCAGACAAAGGAGGUAAAUUUGGAAAAAGAAGACGAGGCAAUGGACUUAGACAUAGAGGGAAUGUCUGACGAGGACGCUGAAUUGGAGGGGGAGCCACUCUGGGAGCUCGAUUCUGAUGGGUACUGA